AUGCGUUCUUCUGACAAUGACAAUAAUGCUAUGCCUCGUAAAAAUCUUAGAAUUAUUAUUACGAGACAUGGUGAGCGUGUUGAUUUUGCGGUUGGUGAGGGCUGGACAAAUCCUACGAAUGGACGUUCCGAUCCUCGUAUACCCCAUUUACCACCGAGACUAAAUUAUGAAGACUGGGAAUUUGACAGUCCACUAACCGUUAAUGGCGAAGCACAAUCACUGCGUGUUGGACAAAGAUUAUUAAGAACGGGUUUACCUAUUGAUUAUUGUUAUUCUUCUCCAGCGUUUCGUUCAAUUCAAACGGCUGACAAAAUAUUAGAAAGUCAAGGAAGAAGAGAAAUAAUUCCAGUGAAUAUUGAGCCGGGCCUCUUCGAAUGUCCACUGUGGUAUGCUGGUGCGCCACUGCCUUUUUUAUCCAUUCCAGAGUUGAUGGGUGGCUAUUAUAACGUUCAACCGUAUUACUCUCCUGUGUUUGGUGGAGUCGAUAUUAAUGAAGAUGAAAUAAUGUAUUAUAAACGCAGUAGAAAAUUAAUUGAUGCAAUUGUAGACGUUCAUAAAAAAAUGGGUGGAAAUAUUUUGCUGUCUGGUCACGCUGGAAGCUUAGAAACAUUGUCACGAGCUGCAUUUCACGCUAGUCCUAGACCCGAGCGAUUAAGAGAACUAGCUGAUCGUGUCGAUUAUUGUAAUUAUACGAUUCUUGAACGUAAUGCAAUAACAAAGGCCUGGUCAUUUAUUCCACAGCAAACAAGUGCACAUCAUCAUUCUACUCGUCCAUUACCUCGAGCAACAACACAACCUCUGUAUCAACCAGUUCCACUAUCCUAUUAUCCAAAUUCUUCACGAAUGGAUCAUCGACGGACACAUCUUCCUGGAACAAGACGAGCAACAAAUCAACUGGUGCCACGUUCACGUUCAUCAACGGGACGACAUUUCAGUCAUUCAAGUCCUCAACGUGUAUCACGUUAUACUAAUCCCACUGUCGUAGGACACAAGCGAGUUUCACGUCGAGCACGCAUUUGA